AUGGUCCAUUGUCGCGGGAGCACCAGACAUGCGGCGGAGUGGCGAUGGCUGUUGCACGCCACUCCGCCGCGGCCCGACUUGCUGGGUUGCACCAGGUUGAAUAUCUGGACAAUUCCCGAUGCUAGGAGGGUAACAUUGAGAGGUGAUGAUGAAAAGGCUAGAGACCAGUAUCAGCACGGCGAGAUGGUGUGGUUCUUAUGUGCACGACCGCAGCGGAUGGCGUUCCAACAUACAAACUGCAGCACAAAAACGCCUCGCAUUGUGGUGCCGCCCAGAGCCGCUAGGGAGGGCCUCAAUGGUCCGCCAGAGGCCCUCUCGGUGCCUGUCUGCCUUCCUUCUUCCCCGUUCUUCCUGCUUCGCCCGCGGCAGCCAACCACAGGCCGCCGCGACCGACAUGGGGGAUUGAGGCCCUCAUGCAGGCCACCAACAGGGCUUAGCCGAGACCCAAUGACUGGACAGGAGCGCGCGCGGCACACAAACCGAGAGGCCCCCGCGAUGGGUGCUUGGCAGCGAUGGCUCGUCGAUGCACGUUCCCGGGAGGCCCAGCAGUCCCGCGUGCUCUCGCAGGCAGGAUUCAUGCAACAUGUGUCGUAUGAGCACACAAGUCCCAAAACGGACGGCGUGAUAUCACUGCAGCCUGUAUUUCUGCUUUUGGCAACCGCUACGUUUCCCAAGUGCCAGGUCGCGUUGCUGCGCAACUGCGCGCUCACGUACAAAACAGAAUGCAUGGCAAGCAGCCUUGAUUUGCCGGGCGUGGCUCUAUAG